AUGUUGAAUUAUUAUGGUAUUCUGGAGGCACACCAAUACUCAUCUGAAGAUGAUAUUAAAAAGGCCUAUAAAAAUCUUGCUCUAAAAUGGCACCCAGAGAGGAAUCCAGAAAAAAAAGAAGAAGCUGUGAGGAAAUUUAAAGAGCUGUCUGAAGCAUAUGAAGUUCUGUCAGAUCCUAGUAAACGUGCUUUAUAUGACACAUGUGCAGAUGACAAGCCGGACACAGACAGUGAUGAAUCUGACAAAUCUUUCAUUGAAUUUUCAUUCCGCAGUCCAGAGGAAGUAUUCAGGGCAGUGUUUGGUGACUGUAAUCCAAUGACAGUUUUUCUUGAGGAUUCUAAUGAUGACUCUGAGAUUCAAAGUCAACACCAUGAAGUUGAUAGUUGCAGGAGGAACAGGCCGUCAUUACUUGGGUUUGGUGGCUUUCCUGCGUUUGGCUCUGCAUUUGCAGGAUCCAACACAGGAUUUAUAUCUUUUACUUCAACUUCAAAAGAAGAAAGUGGUAGCCAAAAUGACACUCGCUCCAUGAGAGUAUCUGUUGAGAUGAUAAAUGGCAAAAGAAUUACAACAAAGAGGAUUCUUGAUAAUGGGCAGGAGAAAGUAGAAGUAGAUGAAAAUGGGCUGUUAGAAUCAGUAACUAUAAAUGGUGAAGAGCAGCUCUAG